AUGAGAAGCGACAAGGUGAAAUGGGACAGCAGUAGUACUAGUGCAAACAUGAGCUUUGAAAGGGAUAAGACAAGUGGGCAUACAUGGCCACAGAGGAACUACCCAUGUGCCUUCUGCAAGAGGCAGUUCAAAUCAGCACAAGCUCUUGGGGGUCAUAUGAACAUCCACAGGAGAGAGAGAGCCGAGUUGAGAUCAUCACUAGUACUCUCUCCCAACCCAACACUGGAUCAUCCUAACCUUAACCCUAAUCCUAAACCUAGUUUCUUAGUACCAUAUGCUUCUUGCCAUUCCUCUCUCACUCCGUCUCUUAGUUCUCUCUCUUCUUCAAAAUCAUCAUCAACUUGCAUUGAUGAAGAGAAGAUGAUGCUGCUCAAGGCAGUAGUACCGCAGUCGACUCGGGUUGAUCAGAGGAAGAAGAUCAUGAGAGAUUUAUGGAUAGAGGAAAAGAAGCAAAUUUUACUCCAUUCUUCUGGUUUCUUAAUUGGUCCAUUUUCUGGUUAA